GACACUAAGUGCGCUCUGCUGCUGUCGGUGGUGGUGGUGGAAUAAGGUGGGCAAAUCUACGCCGUGUUUUGGUUUCUUUGCGGGGUGCAUCACUGGAGCAGUGUGUGCUGCUGUUGCUGCAUCAUAGCUCUUUAUCGUGCCUGGUUGCUGCUGCUGCUGCUGUCCAGUUAAGGAAACCCGUGUGUAGCAUCCGUCAUGUCCACAAAAAAGCAAGACAUCGUCGACAGUUGGGAGGAGAUCGACGACGAACGGCUAGCGAGCACGAUAACGAUACUGAAAAACACCACCGCCGCCGCCGCCGAGGUGGGGAAGUCGGACGCGAAGCCCAUCGUAACGGGGAUAGCAGCUCGCCAGAAUUCCCUGCCCCAGAUGCUAGAGGAGGAACUGCGACCGAAGAUGGUACCCCAACGGAUGCAAAUCUUGAAGCGACCGCAAAGCAGCUCUGGUGCGGAUGGUAAAAAUGCUACGGAUAGUAAGCCCAAGGCACAGAUCAAAUCACUGGACCAAAGGAAACAGGAAUAUGCCCAGGCACGGUUGCGUAUUCUUGGUUCGGCGCACGAUGACGAGGAAGCUGAAACGAAGAAAACAACACCCGCCGCAAACGGAUAUCGAAUAAACAACGUGAACAACGUGAACAACAACAACACGAGCGGUAAUUCCAGUUCCAAUUCCAGCACCGCGAGUGGCAGCGGUGGCACUGGAAUCGCUGGCAACGUUGGCAACGGCGAGGCUAUGCCCGGGAAUGGUGCAAAUAAUAACGCGAACAACAUGUACCGCUUCCAUCCGCCUUAUCGGCAACAGGCCCCGAUCGGUACCUUUCCGCCAACGUUGCAGAACGGGCCACCUCGUGGUCAAGGGGCAGGGAUGUUCUAUCCGACAACGCCCGUUCAUCAGCAGCAUCAUCAUCAUCAUCCCCUACCCAUGCACAGUGCGCUUCAGAUGCAACAUCAUACGUUUCCUCAUAUGGCGCAUCACCAUCAUCCCCAGCAGCAGCAACAGCAACAGCAGCAGCAGCAGCACAAUAGCAUCCCAUACCAGCAUCAACAGCAUUUUGCUGGUCAACAUCUCAACCACCAAACCGGAGGUCACAUGUUCAUGGGUGGACGCAAUGGCAGUAGCAUUCCCACCGGUUCCACGACAGGGUACUACGCCACGAAGGGUUACGGUGAUGGAAACGGGCCGAUGCCACCGCUUCUCGGACACGCUCCACCCGGGGCCCUAGUAACGCACCAGAUUCCAUACAAUGGUAUUGCUACAGGCGGAGGAGGAGCAUUCGGACAAGCAAAUUCUCACAGCACUCCUGCAAAUCAACACGUGCUCCGUUUGCCCGCCGGGCCGGACGGUUCGCAAGGUUUCAACAUGAGACGGUAGCUACCAGGCGCUGGUGUUGCCCGUGUUGAUGAUGAUGCUAAUCACCUUUCCGAGCUAACAGCAGCUGCCGGUCGUGUGCUAGGAUAAUGGUUAACACAGGAGGAUAGUGGGUUUUAUUCUUUUUUUUGUUGAUUGGUUCUGAAUAACACCAUAUUUCUGAUAACGUAACAACUCACAUGGCGCGGUGAUGUUAUUCUUUACCUUACAUUUCUACUCGCGGAAGAGUGUAGUUGAAAAUUCCUUCGUUCUCCUCAAAACGCCACCCAUCGAAGCUUUCCUUGAUAUUUCUUGUUUCCCUUUCGGAGCAUUGGCUCACAAUCGCAUUGCUCAUCUCUAUCACCCUUUUUGGCCGAGUAUCCGAAAGGAAAGGGAGUCACUGUUCUAGUGAGACAGCGAAAAAACUAUACAACCAGGAGAAGAUACGUUAAGAGACACGAAGGCUUAUACAGGACGAAUUCAAAAAAGGCAACGUUAAUGUGUAUUCUGUUACGCGCGCACAUUAGCGCUACACAAUCAUUUACAUAAAAUUUUAUGUUUUUAUAUAUAUAGUCUGAGUUAUGUAUAAAAUGCGUUAAAAAUAAUGAUAAUUAUGG